AAAAAAAAAUCCACAUUCACUGACGUCAUUAAUACUUGGUAAAAUUACGUUCACUAAUAAUAUACACACACGGGAUCGCGACGUGCGGAGACAGAAAUGUUCAAGGUUACGGGCCAUACAUUUAGUGAGGUGCGAGAUUCACCCAUUCAUUGCCUGCACACCGAUGUGCCACUGCGAUAUAUAUUAAAAACCACAUUUUAAAUCCUAUCUUCAAAUGACAGUCUUAUGCGUGCCAUAGAAAUAAAUGAAUAUAGUGGAUAUAAAUAAUAUUGUGGCGAGGAGCGACAUCUGAACGUCUCCGGGCUCAGUGCGGGACACACCCGCCAGGGUUCGUCAGUGUGCCGGCAGACACCGCCGGGGAGAUAAGUGUGUUUUGGCUUGGGCAUCGCCAUGUCGAGAGUAGCUAAACGCUUCUAUCGGGUUGACAGCCUCCAUGGCUUGGAUAAUCUGGAUCGAGGCGAGUCUGCCUUCGAAGAGAAUAGAUGGGUGUUCGAAAUCAGUCACGAAGCCGCCAAUAAAGUUGGCGGCAUAUACCAGGUUAUCAGGAGCAAAUGUAGCGCCUCAGUGGAGGAACUUGGGGACCAGUACAUCCUGCUGGGGCCUUACAAGGAGACUAGUGUGAGGACUGAGGUGGAGCUGGGAGACUUUCCAUCACACUCACCCCUCACUGCGGCUGUGAACAACCUCAGAGCAGAGGGCUGGCGGGUACAUCCGGGACGAUGGCUGGUGGACGGCAGCCCCCAGAUCAUUCUCUUCGACAUUGGCUCCGCCUCCGGCCGUCUUGACGAGUAUAAACAUGAACUGUACGAGAACACGAAAAUCGGCAUUCCUAAUGGCGACGUUGAGUGCAAUGAUGCGGUGCUCUUCGGCGUCAUGGUGGCCAGGUUCAUUGAGGAGUUCCGAGCGGAAGUGGUGAAUUUCAGCGAUGCCAAGCCGCGAGUGUGUGCUCACUUCCACGAGUGGCUGGCAGGCGUGGGGCUCAUCACGCUGAGGAUGAGGAGCGUCGAUGUCGCCACUGUCUUCACCACUCACGCCACCCUCCUUGGCAGGUUUCUCUGCGCCGGUGCUGUGGACUUCUACAAUAAUUUAGAUAAGUUUAACAUAGAUGAGGAGGCAGGGAGGAGAGGCAUCUACCACAGGUACUGCAUGGAGAGGUGUGCUGCCCACCUGUCACACACCUUCACCACCGUCUCUGAGAUCACCGGCAUCGAAGCAGAGCAUCUCCUCAAGCGUAAGCCGGACAUCAUCACUCCCAAUGGCCUCAAUGUUAAAAAGUUUUCUGCCCUUCAUGAGUUCCAAAAUCUUCAUGCCCUGUCCAAAGAAAAGAUCAACGACUUCAUAAGAGGACAUUUCUAUGGGUUCAUGGACUUUGACCUGGACAACACUCUCUACUUCUUCAUUGCGGGCCGUUAUGAGUUUGGUAACAAGGGCGCGGACAUCUACAUCGAGGCACUGGCCAGACUGAACCACUACAUGAAGGCCAGUGGAACAAAUAAAACUGUGAUUGCAUUCAUGAUCUUCCCAGCCAAGACCAACAACUUCAACAUUGAGUCUCUGAGAGGUCAGGCUGUCACCAAGUCCUUAAGAGACACCAUACAUGACAUCCAGGCCAAGAUUGGGAAGCGCAUGUAUGAAAUAUGCCUGACUGGUCGUCUUCCUGAUUCUGAGGAGCUUUUACUCAAGGAAGAGACAGUCAGAUUGAAGCGGUGCAUCUUUGCUGCACAGAGGAAGAGCCUGCCACCCAUCACCACCCAUAAUGUGUGUGAUGAUACGGUGGACCCUGUGCUCAAUGCCCUGCGGAGGUGUAGAUUGUUCAACGACCCUCAUGACAGAGUUAAGGUAAUAUUCCAUCCAGAGUUCUUAUCUGUGACUAACCCUCUGUUUGGAAUGGACUAUGAGGAGUUUGUAAGAGGCUGUCAUUUGGGUGUGUUCCCCUCUUACUAUGAGCCAUGGGGAUACACACCUGCUGAGUGCACUGUAAUGGGUAUUCCCUCUGUCACCACCAAUUUGUCUGGCUUUGGAUGUUUCAUGGCAGAACACAUAGCAGAUCCCAUGAGCUACGGUAUCUACAUCAUUGACCGACGCUACAUUGGCCUUGAGGAAUCUGUCAGACAACUUGCUCAGAACCUCUUUGAAUUUGUGCAGCUGAACCGUCGUCAGAGAAUUAUUCAGAGGAACAGAACAGAGAGACUCUCAGAACUGCUGGACUGGAAGAUCCUUGGCACUUAUUACCGCCAGGCCCGGCAACACUCCCUUGGCAUCAUGUACCCUGAACUGGCCCCAGAGGAGGAAGCUGCUGGUGCAGGUCGCCUCAAUUACCCUCGUCCCCUCUCAGAACCUCCCUCACCCACCUCCUCUCGAGCCACCACCCCAGCACCCUCUGAGGUGGGCUCAGAUGAUGAGGACAGCAUUGACAGUGAGGCAGAGCUGGAGGAGCUUGGAGUUGCUAGUGCAAAUGGCAGCACUGUCAGCAGCAGGUAGAAGCACCUCAAAGUCCUCUAGGAGUGAACAUAAUAUGUCAGGAGUGCUACAACAUCACACCAGUGGGAGUUUGUGAGGCAGAAGAAUUCAUUGUCUUUUCUUGAAAAAAAAAAAAGAAAAAAAAAGAAACUAAUGGUUGUUGGCUGCAAUAUUCUGAAAGCUUGGUUGUAAUCUUGUUCAAAUUGCAUACAUGUUUGCACUAAAAUUAUGAGUCACAUUGUGUGACAUUGUGGUGGACAAAGUUGAGGCUCUGUACCAAAAUGUUUUUUUAUAGAGUGAUUUCAGUCCUAAGAGAGGGGCAGUAAUUUAUUGAUCAGCUGGUUUGAUUUUGCUCUCUGAUUUGCCAAACUACAUAGUGAUUUACAUAUCUGGUUUCAAUCUUGUUAAAUUUUUGAUGAUCCUUUUUACACUAGAGACUGUUUGUGUCUGAUGUUGAUUUUAUGUAGAUAAUAUCUGAUAUGCAAGGAGAGAGAGAGAGAGAGAGAGAGAGAGAGAGAGAGAGAGAGAGAGAGAGAGAGAGAGAGAGAGAGAAUUGCGCUUGAAAGUACUACUGAACGGCUGAGCUAUUCCAUGCCAGAGGGAAGUUUGAAAUUUGUAUUUCAAGACAGUUUCAUUCAGUCAUCCAAGGUAACAAAUCUUUAAGGAUUUAAGCCAUUGACUGUUUGCACUAAAUGCUUUGAAGAGGUCAUUUACUCUGUACUGUAUAUACUUUGGUGUAAGAAUAAGUUGAAAGAAAGGCUUAAAAUUUUAUAUCCACAAUGGAAUGAAAAUGUAGGAUGAAAAAUGUGAAGGAUAUGUAUUAAUAUAUUUAGGGACUUUAGUUAUAUUUGCUGAAAGAAAGAAUUAAAGUAAUCCAAAUUUGUAUUGCAUUUUAGCAAAGUAACCAAAAGCUAUGUACUAUGGCUUGUUUAUGUUAAGCUAAGUCAUGUGUUUUGCUCCUCUUCUUAUAGACUGUUAACUUGCUCCUAAAUUAAAGUUUAAAUGUAUUAUGAUAAAAGUGAGUUAUACGUAUGUUCAGCAUAUUGAAGGAAACCACAUUAAGCUGCUUGCUCUCAACAUUUAGGGAAGGAAAUGCCUGGUGGACUGACAGCUUUCCCUCAGUUCUUUGCCAUUUUUGUGUAGUCAAGUAAGAAGUCUGUUGCUAGUCUUUAUCAUAGCACGUAACAGUAUGUGGUACACCAGUCUACCCAGGUUACUUAGGGUGUAGUUAGUAAAUAUAUAAAGUUAUUUUGAAACUGUGUAAUGCAAUAUUUCUUGUGACACUGAAGUGAGAUGAAUAUUUCUUUGCAUCAAUGCUUCUCUUCUACUGGCUUAUGCAAUUCUUCAUGUAUCUUUUGCAGUUUCUUCCUCAAUCUCUGUGAAAUACUUGGUCUUGGUGACAUUAUUGUUGAAAUAUGUCAUGUUAACUACCUAAUUCUAAAACACACACACACACACACACACACACACACACACACACACACACACACACACACACACACACACAGUAGUUAUUUAUUAUGCAUCAGAUUAAUUACAAACAAAUUUGAUAUUCAGAUAUGAUAAAUAAAAAAAAAUAUAUCACCCUUUAUUUUACGUUGCUGUAUGAAGAUUAUCAAGAUGCUAUAGCACGAAAAGUUUCAGUUGACAGUAACUGUCAAAUUUACUUACAUCAUGAGCAAUUUCUAUAUUGUUAACCUGUUGCUUUCCUUGAACAAAGAGGGUUUACAUGUGUAUAGAGAGAAUGAGCUAAAUGUAUUUACCAUAUGUCUCUCAUAUCAAUUCACUAAAAGUACAUCAGCAUAGUGGAAGGGUGCUUACAUGUGCAUGGCAGCACCAUGCCUUAAUCUAACUAUUUAAAUACAAGCUCAUUAAAGCAUAAAGAGGUAACACAAUUUUCCUAACCAAAGAUUUUACUGAUAUAUCUUUGCAUAAGGAAAUUGCAGUGACAAACAUGACUUGAUAAGAGUUAUUUCCUGUGUACUGCUACCUUGAGUGAACACGUCACUUUGUGGUCAAUGAGACUACUUGUGUUAACAGCUUUUCAUAACUAAUUUAUCUAGAGCUUAUAGAGGAUCUCUUGAAUCUCUUUGUUAUGGGAAUCAGAAACAAUGUAUGAAUCAGAAAUAGGACAAUAUACAGUAUAUAAAAUGUGCCAACUCAGUCAGCAUUGUCUUGCUAAUACUUUAAUAUACUACAUGAUUAUAUUGCUGAUAUUUUUAUUUUUUUGCCAGCCAUCCCAUACCAAAAUCAAUUUUGAUGUUAGUUACCAUUGUAUUUAUUGAAACAUUCUACACUUUGUACAAACUCCAGGCAGCACAAACAUCCAUAAUGGACACAACUCUGUAGUGACUGAUCAAAAUAUACCGUAGGUGUCAGUAUUAUAGUGAACUGGUAAAAAGACUCUCUGGAUUAUUGAAAAGAAACCCACUUUAUUUUUAAGAUGAGAUGAGCUGAUGUAAAUUUUCAGACUUCAUAAACCUCAAGGUGCCAUAAAACAGUGUAGAUGGUUCACAUAAUGUGCCAUCAAGGAGUGUGGUUUGUGAAGUAUGCUUGGCUCUGUCUGGGUACUGAAUUGUAUGAAUCCUUAGUGGUUUCUGGCACUUUUAUGUGUAGAAUAUUUUUCUUUUGUUAUUUACCAAAUGUGAGUCUCCUCAUUUUGUGAAAAAAAAGUGUGAUUAGGUUGACAUAAAUUUAGUUAUCGUAUAUUUUUUCUUUUGUCUAGACUGUAAAAGAAAAGUUAAAUCUGUAAGGAAUUCACUCAAAAUUUUUGUUCUGUAUAUGAUAUGCACAUACACACUACCAUGCAAUGUUUGCAUCUAGCUUUGAACUUGUUUACAAUCAAGCAUGUAAGAGAAUUUUCAUUUCUCCCUGAUUUAUGUAUUUUGUCAUUGUAUUUUGCCUACAUAAUGGUAAGCUGUCAUCUUUAUGUACAAGUGCUUGAUUUCACAGGACUAGCAGCAAGUGGAGUUACAGAAUGAUGUGCAUGACAGGCUGGUAUUGUGAAGAAGUUAUGUAGUGCAAACAAGGUGUGACUGAUUCUUGAGGUGUGUUUGUGAAGGGUGAAUGGUACAUGAAUUAAGCAGGUAAUGACGGUAAUCUGCUUUCCUUAUUUUCAGGGACAGUUGCCAAUGCCAUUUCAUCAUUUUUUUAUAUCAGACUGUCCUUUUGUAAUUCCUUCCAUGACACUAAAAAACCUGAAAAAAAUCUCAGCAUAGUGUACUCGUAAUGUACAGCUGAUAUGUCUAGUCUUGCAAUUUGACAAAAUUUUUGCUGCUAGAAGCAAUGCAGAUCAGUGAUGAUUCAGCCACAUCAGUUCCUUCACCUGUCAUGGUUCAUGCAUUUGCCAAUAGUCCAUGAGUCCAUUGUUAUGUUGUAAGUCUGUAGCAUACUGUAUAUAAAUGGUACUUCUGUGAUGAUGAUUGUCAAAUCAAUCUGCAGAUGAUAAAAAAAAAAUAGAUAAAAUAAAAUCUGAAUGAGUUUUA